AUGGUGAGACUGAGACUCUUCCUCCACCUGGCUGACUUCCCCCAUACUCCUUCUAUGGCAUUAUUCCCCAAUACGAACGAAACAAGAACAGGACACUCACGUUGUUCAGCGCCUUCAAAGCCAUCUUGCAUAAUGCUACGGCUUUCUAUUCAAUCGCAUAAAGCGCUAGCAGCUGCUAUCGUAUCUUUUCCAAUCCUCCCACUUCUGACACCCUUCUUGAUGUUCCCACUGAUUCCAAUCCGUCGAUCUUUCCAAAGCUUCAGGUUUCUUCCUUUGAUCACUCCUCCAAUGCUCUCCUUCCGCGUAUGUGCUGGAACGCACCAGUCCCUCCCUCCUUCAAGUUCCUAUCUCAAAAGUCAGCAAAUCUCUAUCCCUGUAUGCUUCGGAGUCUACUGA